GCACUGUAGCCAGAUCGUCUUCUCAGCAUAUGAUGCAAGGAGCUCUUUAAAAUGGAUUUCAGCUCUCCUUUUACUCUGCAGUGCUUGCUGGUGAUAAUAACUGUUACUCAUGGCUCUGUCACCUCGAUCAGUGUGCUCAGGGGCGGCUCAGCAGUCUUUUCUGUGGGAAUCCAAAGUCUGCAGAGCCUCUCCAGAAUGACCAAGGAGAAUGGGAAAUGCUUCACAGCUGUCGUAAAUGAUACUUUGUUGGCCAAGUGUGGCAAUUCUGCUGGCAGGUGCCUGAACUUGGAGAACGGCUCCCUGGUGCUGAGGAGUGUGGAGAAAGAGGACGAAGGAACAUAUGAGUUUGUCUUUCACAACACCACCAGAGUCAUUACACUGGAAGUAUUUGAGCCGGUCAUUGGUAUCCAGUGCUUCCCUAACGGGACUGGAGAGUUGUCCUGUGAUGUGACCAGCAACGAGAGCACCAGCUUUCGGUGGCUGCUGAACGGCGCUGCGCUGAGCGCUCCUGAGGCUUGUGUUAAGGAUGGCGGGAAGAAGGUUCUCCUGGACAAAACCGUCCCCGGGGAAUUUGUCUGUGAGGUUUCCCAUGGGAACAGCAACGUGAGGACCCGGCCCGUUGUGCUGUCUUGCAGCUAUGGAGACCUGCUGCAGUACCCGUGGUUCAUUUACAUCCUGGCAGGGUGCGCAGGGGGUGCGGUUAUCCUGGUGGUAGUUGUGUCCUCACUCAUAUGUUGCUGCAUGAAGAGGAAACACAAGUUCCUCCCGGUGCCUUCAGAGGAGGAGAAGGAUGACGGACUAAUCAUGUCUGUGGUCUCCAGUGAAGGUGUGAAGAGUCCCCCCAAUGGAGACCAUGUUGAGGCUCAAGCCGCCCAAAUUGACUGCCCUCCAAAGCCUGAUGCUGCCCGGACUGGUCAAGGUGUUGAGCCCCAGCCACUGGUGGAAGAAAACUUACCAGUGGAGAUAAACCCUGAGGAAUUGCCAGACCCAGAGGUCAUAGUUGAUGUGGAAAACCAGGAAAAUGCCUCGGACUGUUUCCCAGAUCCAACUGAUGACUGAUCUGGCAUGCUUGCUGAUCCCCACCCUGUCUUGAAGCCUAUGACACCUGUCCUUUGCAUCCCAUAGUCUCAUUGUGUGUAAGAAUUAGUCUGGAAAAUUUUAUCAGAGAAAAGAUGUGAGGUGUCAGGCCUGGUAACCUCAUCUAAAAAAAAAAAAAAAGGGAAAAAGAAAACAUAAGGAAAAACACGUGUGUGGCUUCAAGGCCACACUGCUGUGGGCAGACAGGUUCAUUAACCAACAAAACUGGGCAGCUCUUUGAUGCUUUGUCUGUUAAUAGACCUGCAGCUAAACUAUGGAGCCCUAGAGGACAGCCUGCAAUGAGGCGGGUGGUUCCUCCUGCUCCCUGCCCACCCCAUGCCUUGCCAUGUCUUCACCUGCCGGCGGUUUCUGCCAGGGGCAGGCAUGACAAGUGGAUUUAGGUGGCCUGCUGGUCCCAGAUGGAAACAAAGACCUGCCAGAAAUUUCCUGAGAAAGCCUUUUCUCAGGAGACUUCAAGGCAUUUCUCACAGGCCCUGCGAAAAAGCCCAGUGGAGAUUUUGGCUAGGUAUCUGCUGCGCCGGGUGUCUAUCUGAAUCGCUCCGCUGAACUCCAGACCCUUUGUGCUGUGGCCCUCACCGCCUGCUGCCCGGGGUGGGGAGCGGUGGCAGGGGCUGCUGGCUGCAGAGCCCGGGAGGUGACGCUGCCUGGCUCACCUUUCAGUGCCCUGUAAUGGCAGGGGGCUACCCGUUUUACCUUCGGCCAGCACCUAACUGCUCGGGUUGCCAGUGGGUUCAAACAGCUCUGUCACUAGCUUGCUUGCUUGCAGCAGAAGGGUGCCUGGGGCUUGGGUGUGUAAUUUUGACGGAAAUGUUGAUUAUAAUGCUGAGAUUGUUCACCAGUGCAAGCGUUAGUGCCUUUAGCGUAAGGGUUUAGCUACUACAAGCUGAUGAAGCUGGCCAUCUGCCUGUGCGUGUAGGCUUUUUCAGUGCUGUGCUAUUUGCCCAGACAGCAGCAGUUUUUAGAAUCUCUUAGGCAAGCCUUGCUGCUACGCACGUCCUGUUCUGCUCAGGGGAGGUGUUGCGAGCAGAGCAGCUGGGGUAGACCUGCAGGGAUGAAGGACGAAGCGAGGAGAGGGUAAGGACUUUGUCCCAGGCAGCAGGUAGCUGUGUCCCCGGUGAAGCUGCCAAGGGCUGCAGGGCUGUGAGGCCACAGGGAUGGCUGCAGGGAUGCACUGCCAGAGCAAGGUGUUUGCCGUAUAAGUGCAUUUUGAUAGCCAGAAGCGAGGCACGUUGCUGUUAAACUAGCCCAGUGGACUAGAAGGACAUAGUAGAGUAAAAGCAGAGGUGGUACAGACUGGGGCAGAAGGGGAUGGGGAGGUGUGUAUUGCAUUCCUCUCUUCCCUUGUCGUUUUGUCGCUGUUUUAUAUUGUGCUGGUACUGUGCCAUGAAUCCCUUGGCAGUAGAUUUGAGGUGAAUGCCACCCAGUGAGGUCUGCAAGUGCCCCAGCAAAUUCAAAACCCAGCUGAACGCUUCUCUCCCAGGCGGGGGAGCUGGUGGGACGGCUACAUGCUUACCUGGAGGACCUUCAUAUCUGUGUACAUGGCAAAGCUCUGCGGCGGUGACGCCCAGCCGUAGGUGGUUGCUCUUGCUGUUUCCUUGUCCUGUGACUCUGUUUAGAAGAUUUUUGGAGUUUGUGUGCUGUGUCGGUGGUGAUUCAGCCUGUCUCUGCUUAUUAAGGCUGCUGUAGGAGUCAGAUUUUCCACAGUAAGAGGGAGACAAUAAUUUUUUUCCUCGCGGUGCUGCACUAUCUCCUUUCAGUACAAACAUUCCUCAGAGGCUGUGAGUUGAAUGACAGAAACGUGACGCCAAGGGCUUGGGGUGGCAGCUGCCUAUAGGCAGCACAGUGGCAGCAGCACUGGGGGGACAAGGGCCAGUGUCACUGAAAUGGAGGGACGUAGUCACUUUUGCUUCUCUUCUGCACUUUCCGGCAGGGGCAGGCAGGGGACUGUCAACUCCAGUACAUGCUUCGAAGGCUGAAUGGUGCUCUGAGCUGCACUGGAGAAGAUGACAGCAUUUCAGGUGCUGAGGGUGACAGAGCUGGGCCAGCCUUGUCCUACUGGGCUGGUGUGUCCCAGCUCCAGGUUGCCCUAGUGCUGCCUUGCUGCUGUCGGCCCUGGGAGGGCUGGGGGUGCCCUGGCAGCUUUUAGCACCAACGCUGGUGUAACCCCAGUCUGGGAAGGAUUUUUCCCAUUGAGAUGGGAACCUGAGACUCAAGAAGUCUUUAUGAGGCAGAUAGGACACAGCUGGUUUUCUAUCCAUCCCUGCUGAAGGUGCCGUUCAGCAGCAGGGCAAAGGUUUCUGUUACCGUGAGGACAGGAGAGAAGUUGUGCAGCCUGUGCUCUUCCUUUAAGUGUAUGUGUUUGUGCACAGCUAUUGUUCUUUUUCAGUGGUGGUUUUUUUUGUUUCUUUGUUCCUAAUAAAAAGAUCUGUUUUCUAA